CUCAAUUAAACAUAUCCUUUUCAUCCUUUUUUGGCUUCCGUUAUUUUAUUUUUAUUUUUUUGCAGUUCAGCAGCUUCCUUCUUUGCUCCUCUCCUCUCUCUCUCUCUCUCCCUCUCUUUCAGUCGCCUCUAAUUCCUCGCCGAUUUUAUUCGAUCCGUCGCAUGCCGGCGCCGUCGGGUUAGUGCCCAAGAAUCUCUCUCUCUCACACACAGAUCUGUAGCGUCGCGUCGCUUUCAGGCAGAAGGGCAGAAGAGGGGGAUACAAAAGAAAGUAAAUUUGGGUGCCCCAGAUGAUUAGGACAAAUGUUAUUUGCAGUGGAAGGAGGAGGAUUCUUCUCUUCUGCGGCUUCAGGGUAUAGUAAGGGACUGACCCUACUUCUCUUGGGUCAUCAGAAGAAAGAAGAGAGCAAACCCAUGAGAGUAGCGCCCUGGAAUCAGUACCAGUUGGUAGACCAAGGAGAACCAGACCCUGAUCUCCAGCUGGCUUCCCUCAAGAAUCGAGUUUCCCGCGGCUGCGCCGCUUCUUUGGUCUGCUUUGGUCGCGCUUCGGCAGGAGUUGAUUCUUCUGCCCCUUCUUCGCAUCUUAAAGUAGGUCCUGCCCAGCACCAGGAUGCAUUGCCAGUAGAUGAUAUUAAAGAAGAUACAACAAUAGCUGAGAUUGAAGAUGAUAAGAGUGCAUCUAAAGCAGUUUCACUAAAGAGCAGCUUGAAGAAGUCGUCGUUAAAUAACGUUUCUGUUCCUGUAGAGGAUGCGGGUCAACAUGCUGUGUUGAACGAGCAGGUUAACGAUAGCCCUGGCCACAAUGGUAGAAGAAAAGUGCAAUGGACAGAUGCUUGUGGUAGCGAGCUUGCCGAAAUUAGGGAAUUUGAGCCGAGGUGAACUGGGCUUGUCUGAUGAUGAAUUCGAUAACGGCCGGGAAAGAAGUUGUUCGUGCAAUAUUAUGUGACACAGAUUCAGAGGGGGCCUAAAAUUUUCAGCUUGCUUUGGAGUUGAGAGAAGGGUGAAGCUUUUUUUGCUGAACGAUGACAGGGGAGAGGCACCUUGUUUGUACAUUUCCUGCUAACUGAGGUAUCUCUGCUGUUGUUCUCGAAGAAUGAAAGGGCUGCGAGAGCUGUUUAGAUGGGGAAUGAAUGAAUGCUUGGUAAUGUGAUUUGAAGUGGAGAAAAGAAGUUGGUCUCUUUUUUCGAUUCGAGCCUCUCUUGGGAGGAAGUUGAUCAUUUUUCAAUCGUUUUCUUUCCUUUUCUAUUCAUUUUUUUCUGUUGGGUUAGAGAAGGGGGAAAAAGGAGAAAGAAGAAGAAGAAUGGGGUUUCAAUUUUGUUGGUCUUCUUCCUUAUUGUUAGUUGUUUUUGUGAUGAUAUUUCAAUUCGGUUAUUCUUGGUGGUGUCAAUUGUUUGUGUUUUGGUUCCUUAUUCAUCAGUGUUAUGGAAUAACAUGUUCCAAUUCUUUCGAAU